UGCCAACAUUGUUCGGGCGUUAGAGUUAUUUGUAAAAGCAGAUGUGCUGAGUGGGGAGAAUGCCUACAUGUGUGCCAAGUGCAAGAAGAAAGUGCCAGCCAGCAAGCGCUUUACCAUCCAUCGAGCAUCCAAUGUACUCACGAUCUCUCUCAAGCGCUUUGCCAACUUCAGUGGAGGCAAGAUCACCAAGGAUGUAGGCUACCCUGAAUUCCUAAAUAUCCGUCCAUACAUGUCACAAAACAAUGGUGAUCCUGUCAUGUAUGGCCUCUAUGCUGUGCUUGUGCAUUCAGGAUACAGCUGUCAUGCAGGGCAUUACUACUGCUAUGUCAAGGCCAGUAAUGGGCAAUGGUACCAGAUGAAUGAUUCCCUAGUACAUUCAAGCAACAUCAAAGUUGUUCUUAAUCAACAAGCCUAUGUGCUCUUCUAUCUAAGGAUCCCAAGUACCAGGAAGAAUUCUGAAGGGCCCAUCUCCAAAAGUAACUGCCCUGCGUCCAACCGAGCAAGCAUAGUUUCUGACAAUAUGAAGAAAAGCAUGACCAAUGGUGCCCUCUCAUCACCGCUAAUGAGUAAAAGGCAAGAUGUGACUCAGGUGAAGAAGACUUCAGAAACUGAGGAAUCUGGUGUCCCCAUUCCUCGCAGUUCCUUUGCUUCCCACUCCAAACUUCAGAAUGGGACACUUCCUUCUCCUUCAUCUCCUCUUCCCAAGCUCAUCCCUACCAUUGGGUUCUCAUCUCCCAAAUUACCUAUCAAGCCAGCCUUCCUAGAUGACUUAAGCAAGAGGUCCAAGAAACAGCCCCUCCUGCCACUCAAAACAUCUCAGGACUUUGGUGAGACUGGCAGUGCCAGGAUGGAGAUGGGUAAGCAGAAUUCCUGGGGAGAUAAGGGAUUGACAUCAUCGCAGCUGGGAGCUUCUCCUAGAGGAGAUCCUGAGGCCAAAAUGCGUGAAGGAGGCACCGAGCUACCAAGUAAGGACUCUUCAUCGUUGACCUCUUCUUCAUCACCAUCGUCAUCAUCUUCUAGCAGUUCCUCUUCAUCCAGUCCUGCACAUAACUCCCUUAAGGGGCUUCCGCAGACCACGAUGGGCAUCAAUGGCUACUGCUCCUCUCAGGAAACAGACUGUGCCUCUGGAAAACAUGUUUCUGAGGACUCCAAAUUUGCCAAGCUAAAGUCACCAUUGUUGGCUAAUGUGAACAAUCUGGAGCUGGGAAGUACCAUGUCACCUCCACCUGCAAAGAAAUUGGCACUUUCUGCCAGGAAGGGCAGCAACACACUGCAGAAAGUGAGCGGCAGUGAGCAUCGAGCGCCGCCCCACUCCCCACCAGCUGCCACAAAUACCAUCCACCCUCUCUGUGCCGCUGCGCUUGGCUGUCCCAGGGUGCUCUCACCUGCUUCCAAAUCUUCAGCACCUCCACGUUUAGCUGACAGCACCUUUGUCAACGUCACACCCUCAUCCAGCUUCAAACCACGCUGCCUCUCUGCUGCCCCUCUGUCACCACCUGCUGUGCCCACCCAGGCCCUGAGCCACUCGUAUCCAGACAGGGACGAAGAACCUUUCCUUGCUAGUUCAAGGAAGAGGAAAAGGAAGCAUAGUAUUCCAGAGAAAGAGCAAGGUACCCAUUGCAAUGCAAAUAUUACACACUUCAGUGCUGAGGGUACCUGGCUGUCCAGUCCUCCCAGGAAGAAGAGGCAACUGAAGGAAAAUGGCCAUGUGUUGGCCUCUUCUAUACAGAAAAAUGACUUGGUGUCAGCCAAGAAGGAAAAACAAAGGGGAGCAUCUUUGAACUCCAGGGCACCAGAUUCUAAUCUGACUAACUCCAUCCGGAAGAAGAAGAAGAAAAAGAGGCUGCAGCAGAGGGAGAAAGACUGUACACCUUCACUGUCCUCCAUGGACAGCUGCCCUCCACAGCGUGAGGGAGGAGUAUUGGGAGAGGAGCUCUGUAACACAAAGAAGAAGAAGAAAAAGAAGAAAAAGCUGGUCCCUUCAACAGGCUCAGACAAAGGCAGCUCUGCUGGAGAGAGUGAGCACCGGAAGCACAAGAAGAGGGAGAGACAGGGGGGCUUGGUGGCUGCAGUGAACAACCCCCUCAAAAAAAGGCAUGGAAAUGGUCUCUGCUCAGCGAAUGAUAGCCCCUCAGCAGCCUUGGACUGUAGCAGCUUGCUUAGACAUGAGGACAAAUGCUCCUUGAACAUCCUGAGUCCAAAGAAGGAAGAGAUUCAACAUAAGCAUGGGCAGUCUGAUGUAGUCCAGGAGCUGCUGAAGGGCUCCCUGGAUAAGGCUUAUGGAAAGCAAGUACUGACAUGGGAUGGUGAAGUGUCUGCUAUCAGCCAAGAUGCCAUUCAUGAUUCUGCAUGGUUCCGGAGCCAAACAGUUCUUGAUGACUGGGAUGAAGAGUUUGACAGUGGAAAGGUAAAGAAAAUGAAGAAGCUCAAACGUGAGCGGAGAAGAAACUUCAAUGCCUUCCAGAAAUUGCAAAGCCGGCGUAACUUCUGGACUGAGACACAUCCAGCUAAAUUGGCUAGCCUGAGCUAUCGGCUAUGAGAUGAAUCGUUGGUGCUUUGAUCAGUGGUCAAGAUGGUGCAGUUAGAUAAAGGUUUUCCUGUGGCACUCACCUGUUGUAAAUCUCAACUCAACGGAUUGAGAUGCAUCAGUAGCUGCAUCAGUGCUAUGGCAGAUUCCUAUACCUUGGCGCUCCUUUUGACCAACAUUGAAAUGUCAAGUGUCACAAGCUGCUAGCUCUGCAGAAUUUGCAGGGGAAGUCUUUCUCGUGACCCAAGUGGGAUGCUGUUGUUUCAGAGGGCUCUCAAUGGAUCUUCUGCACAUCUUCUAAUGGAAAGCAGGCAUCUGUCAGCAUUGUUUACAGGCAUGUUACAGGGAGCCUUUGCCUGAGGAAGGCACCAUCCCAGGGUGGCAGUGGGAGCCUCGCGUGGACCAAGAGUGGGGUCGGGGUGAACAGUCACAAACACACCCCUGCACUGCCUUCAUCUCCACACAAGGCCUAAGUUUGAUGAGCUACACUGUCCCUCUGCUGCAUUUCCGCCAGGAGAUGAAGAAAGCCAAGAGCUGUGUCUUAACUUCUGAGAAGUAGACACCGUAUUGCCUGAAGUGAUGCUUAUCCCCUUCCCUGCUGUGUCAUAAUGACAGGGUAACUUUUGUGGCUUUUCUUCAGCCAUGUGUGUCCUGACUACCUGUCAGAUGAACACAGUAUUCCUUGACAGAUAUAUUUUUCUAAAUAGUCCUCCAUGUCCUAUUUCUACAGUCAGGAACACACUCUGUACAGCAAAAGGAGAGCUGGAAAUGGUGUUGGCUGCCCUGUGCAGUUGGGUAUCAUUUUAUUUUUGUUUCUUAAAUCAAAGGAAAUCACUGGGCCCUAAAAGAGUGAAACCUAAUAAUGAAUUCUCAGUAGCAUCCGCUAGCCAUAAGUCACAGAACAUUGAGAUGGUGAUGUAUCUAUUGCUGGAAUAGUACCACUUUAGGCUUAACAAGUGGGCUAUUAAAUAUUUGAAUGCUACCAUAUUUAAAGAAAAAAGAUCCUGGUACAUGUUAAACUAAGAGUAACUUUGGUGGCUGUGUUCUGGCAGGUUCUCCUUUACCUGUAACUUCCCAAAAGUGCAUGAUCAGUUUGAGGGGCAGUCUGUGUACAUCCCACCUAUUCUUGCAACACCUGCAUCUCAUUCAUCUUGUUGCCUAUUCAACAUUGGCACCCUUUUUUCUAUACACAGAUUGGGUGCAAAGGUUGAAAACCUGCUUAAUUCCUUCUGCUCUGUAACACAUCAAAGCAGUUGCCAGUUUUGGCCCUUGCAUUUACUUUGAACUGACAACUUUACCCCUGGGGAGUGGAGCGCUUAGACUCUUCACUCUCAUUGGGGAGUGGUCUCUCUCCCUCUGGCAGUGCCAGUUCUGCAGUUUCCUGCCAAUACAUGGAGACCCUGAACAUGGGUACAUUUGCACCUCAAGCGGGGGUUUUCUGCAAUAGCCCUCUUGUAGCAAUGAUUCAUGGUGCAAUAAAGGAAUGCCUUGUCUAUG